AUGUGCAUUUCACAUGUACAUACUGAAAGUUUGGCUCCUCUUUCUCCUUCGGUUCGUUUGCCUACAAACCCAAGCUUCUAUGGCAGGAGACACAGAGUCUUGAGCUUUCAAGCCAAAAGCAGAAAAAUGAAAAAUGCCCAAAUACCCAAAUUCAAAUCAUUGGUCUCCUUAAAAGAAGCUAAUCCUCUUUUAUGGCCGCCAAAAUUUUCUUCACUUUCGUCAUCUUUUAAACACUACAUCAAUUCAGACACUCCUAUUUUCGGUCAAAAGAUUCAUUCGUACAUUCAGAAAACUGGGUACCAACCCAAUACCAAUAUAAGUAUCAAACUGUUAAUACUUCAUUUGAAAAGUUCUUGUCUUUUUUAUGCCCGCCAAGUGUUCGAUGAAAUGCGUCAACCGACUCUCUCUGCUUAUAAUUACAUGAUUUCUGGGUAUGUAAAACAUGGGUUUGUCGUAGAAUCUUUUAAUAUGGUUAGAAAGUUGUGUCUUUGUGGUGAAACUCCUGAUAAGUUUACGCUAUCCAUGAUUUUGAAGGGGUCUACUAUUAGCUAUGCAGAGUCAUAUUCUACGUAUAUUGGAAAACAGGUUCAUGCCCAGGUGAUUAAAUGUGACGUUGAGGGUGAUGAUGUGCUUUAUACUGCGUUAGUUGACUCGUAUGUGAAGAGUGGGAGAGUGGAUUAUGCAAGGAGAGUGUUUGAUUUGAUGUUGGAAAGGAGUAUAGUUUGCUCGACGUCGUUGAUAACAGGGUACAUGAAUCAGGGUUAUAUUGAGGAUGCUGAAGAUGUGUUUAGUAAAACAAUGGAGAAAGAUGUUGUGGUGUUCAAUGCAAUGAUUGAAGGUUAUAGUAAACAGAUUGAAAAUGCUAAGAAGGCGAUUGAGGUUUAUAUUGACAUGCAACGUUUUGGUUUUAGGCCAAAUAUUUCUACUUUUGCUAGUAUGAUUGGGGCUUGUUCUGCUCUGGCAGCAUUUGAAAUUGGUCAACAAGUUCAAGGUCAGCUGAUGAAGACUGAGUUAAUUGAGCAUGUAAAAAUAGGAAGUGCUUUAAUUGACAUGUAUUCUAAGUGUGGAUUGAUUGAGGAUGCAAGAAGAGUCUUUAGCCACAUGCCUGAGAAGAAUGUCUUCUCAUGGACUUCCAUGAUUGACGGAUACGGGAAAAAUGGGUAUCCCAAUGAGGCACUUGAACUAUUUAGUAUAAUGCAAGAAGAUCAUCUCAUUGUUCCAAAUUAUGUUACAUUUCUAAGUGCUCUCUCUGCUUGUGCACAUUCCGGACUAGUUGUUAAAGGAAGAGAGAUUUUCGAAAGCAUGGAGAGAGAUUACUAUAUGAAGCCAAGGAUGGAGCAUUAUGCUUGCAUGGUUGAUCUCUUUGGACGCGCAGGGAGCUUAAAUCAGGCAUUAGAGUUUGUAAUUAAUAUGACAGAAAGGCCAGAUUCUGAUGUUUGGGCAGCUUUGCUCAGUUCUUGUAGAGUGCACGGAGAUGUGGAAUUGGCUAAUUUAGCUGCCAAUGAGCUUUUCAAGCUAAGUGGUGGUUGUCGUCCAGGGGCAUAUGUUGCACUAUCUAAUGCUCUUGCAGAUGCUGGUAGAUGGGAUGGUGUGAAUGAACUUAGGGAGAUUAUGAAGAUUAGAGGAAUAUCAAAGGGCACAGGCUUCAGUUGGGUUGGCAGUGAUGGAUGUUUGAAAGCUUUCUUCGCUGGACAACAGUCAUAACUAAAUGUGAUAGUAGCAAGUUUUCAAUCUGUAUUGACUUAACCAUGCCUGAACAGGAAGAUAGAAAAUUGACAUUUGACUAGUUGAAGUUGCACAAAUGGAAAAUAUACCUCCUCAGCUUCAUGAUUUGGUUUUCUUCAUCCUUGUAUAAGGAUUCAAGUUCAUAUACUUGAGUUUGCUUAUAUCUCCUUCAAGGAAUCAAUCCUUAUAUUGUUCUACCUUUAAAAUUCAAGUUUCCCACUAUCUACACUCAUGUCGGGUGAAGAGAAAUAAUUUGUUGAUAGUCAAAUCAUAUUAGUAGAGUCUGCUAGUGAGAUAGGAGUCCACAUUCCCGCAUUUAUUGAUCAGGAUCUUUAGGGCACCACAAAGAUGUGUUUCUUUGCAUGGUUGGCAGCUAAGUAUGAGAUAUCGGCAAGGAAUGAGCUAAGCAUGUUUGUAGUGGGUGUGCUGAAUUGGUUUGGGUGUUCGAUGUGUAAUGCCAUGUACAAUGGAAGAAGCGUUGCAUUACCGGGCCUUCAAAAUGAGGAAGAGAAGAAAUAGAACAUGGAUGUUGCUCUGCUAACAAGCUUUAUUGUGGGUAACAUGGAGGGAGAGUAAUAUGAGAGUGUUUAAAGGGAGUUGAAAUUGAUAUCUGUUUCUAGUUUCAUUUUGGUGCAGCCACAAGGUCCCUGUGUGUAUAGAUGAUUGAUGUCUAUGUAGAGAAUCAUAUUUUUGUGUAGGUUAUGUAGGUUCCUACGUUUUACUAUAGAACUUCUAUACGGGGAUUCUCCCAUUUUACUAUAGAACUUCUAUAUUGGGUUUCUCCUACAUGUCAAUAAAUUUGUUUACCUUAUUGAAAAUAAAGUUGUUUUUGAGCUGA